CCGGACGCCUUCGUCUCCAACCUCCUCUUGGAGCACCUCCGGCUCUUCAACAACUCCCUCCACCGCAUCCCGGCGCCAGCGUUGCAACCGUUGGUCAACCUCCGUUGGUUGGACAUGUCCAACAACCUCUACCGCAGCGCGGCGUUGGACGGUGUCUUCGCUUUCUCGUGGCUGAACACCACGGAGCUGUGGUGCGACAUGGCCUUGGACAAGAGCGCGGCGGCUCUGCCGGCGAUGCUGCGGGACCUGCGGGGCAAACCCCUCGACUACCUGCGUUUCCGUAACCUCUUUGAGUUCACCUACUACGUCGGCGACACCGAUCCCUUCGCCGGCUUGGCUGAGUUGCAGAUCACCCAGUUGGUCUUCUACCGGGGCAAGUUCAACGAGAACCUCCUCCGCUUGGCCCUGCUCAAUGUCCAACGCUCCCGCGUCCGCGAUUUGGCGCUGGUGGCCAUCGACUUCGACAUCAGCAACCCUGACGUCCUGCGUUUUGACUGGACCUUCACCUGGUUGAGCGGCGUGGCCGCCCUCUCCAUCAUCAACGUCAACUUCAACUACGUCCCCUGCGACGCUUGGGGCGAGAUGCGCAACGUGGAGGCCUUGGACAUCUCCGGCAACCGUCUGGAAGAUGGUUAUAUCUACAACCAACGUUGCCACUACCAGGGCGUCAUGCCCAAGCUGGAGAGCUUCGUCUUGGCCACCAACCAGCUCCUGAGCCUGGCCGUGCACAACCGGGUGACGGCGGGUACCUUCGGGUGCCUGCCCACCACCCUCGAGUACCUGGACCUCUCCUACUCCCAGCUCGACCGCUUGGACAUGGACUACUUCACCCAAAGCCCCCGGCUGCGGGAGCUGCGGUUGAGCGGCAACAAGAUCAAGUUCAUCCCCUCCGAGUGGAGGUGCCCCCGGUUGGAGGUGCUGGCCAUCGACGGCAACUCCUUCG